GAUUUUGAAGUUUUGGAUUAGUUUUGUCGGGUCAAUGAUGUCAUAGCUGCGUUUCCCCUUUUCGACAAACGAGCAAAUGCUUCCGAGAUUAUUCCAGGCCGAAAACGGUAAUUGCGCUCACCAAAGAACACAUUAUUGUAAUGAAUCAUCGCUUGUGUAAUGAAUUGAAUCAAUGAAAUAUGAACUAUGCAGGCUAUGUGCUUUAGAUAAGAAACGCCAGGAAAAUGCUAGAUACCAAAGUGACACUAGACAGUGAAUGUGCGGCAAGCUAGGCCAAUUUUAAGUAUUCAUGUGAGUAAUUGAGCAAAAUAAUGCAAUAUUCUUACCCAAGCUGUUCACACCUACCCAAAUUUUUAUCUAAUUCUCUCGUAAAAAUGAUAAUCCUUACGAUGACUGGUAAUGACGUAAUAAGCAUUUUUGACUGCCAUCCAAUCCUGGACAGACAGUAAAAGACAUAACCUUGAUGAAGAUAAGGGAGUGGUCAUAACCGUUGUUCGUCGCAUUGCCAAUGCGUUGUAUUUUGAGACGGGUGUGGUGUUUGUUGGGUUGUUGCCUGUGAGAACUGGAAACUCAAACUUGUUUGCUGCCAUUUUAGCAUACAACAUCAAAAGUUAUGAAAAUGGCUACCUACAAUGAAGACCAGAUUGCUGAGUUCCAGGAGGCCUUCCAGAUUUUUGACAACAAGGGUGAUGGUCAGAUUCACGUGGCACAGAUUGGCGACGUGCUGCGCGCGCUCGGCCAGAACCCGACAGAGGCCGAGGUGAAGAAACUCUGCCAGUCUCACAGGCCAGAGGACCGGAUCAACUUUGAGGUGUUCCUGCCCAUCAUGCAGACCAUCACUAAGCAGAAGUCGGCCGACACUGCCGACGACUUUAUCGAGGGUCUGCGCCACUUUGACAAGGAGGGCAACGGCUACAUCUCGUCGGCUGAGCUUCGCCACCUGCUGACCACGCUCGGUGAGAAACUCUCCGACGAGGAGGUCGAACAGCUGAUGACCGGCCACGAGGACUCGCAGGGCAAUGUCAACUACGAGGAGUUUGUGCACUCGGUGCUGAGUGGAUAGGGAGUGACGCGGUCACUCUCCCGCGGCACCGGAAUUUGUCGAGACCCGUCCUUCCGCGCGAGUGUCAAUGCUGCUGCUUUCAUACCGAGAAACCCGCGUUUGAUGCUGUAGUGGUGGUUCAGUGGACAAACUGACGAAGAGGUAACUUUUUGAAUGGCGUCGGGACCGCUCUACACCAAUAUUUGCCUUUUUUGGUACCUAAGGACGAUGUGGUUACGAACUAAGAUAAGUUAUUGCAAAGCGUUAUCUGGUCAUUGCCAGUAAAUGAGGUUCUUUGUAUCACCCGCACUUUUUUGUCAUGAGUUGACAGCCCAUGACAAUGUAACCGUCGACUGUCUGGUUUCUCGUCAGCUGUUAGCCGCGCCUAGAUUCGGUCCCUGUUGAGGGCUCGUUUGGAGGUUUGCUGUCUGUUCUUCCGGCUAUGCAACGACCUGCAACUGGGUAUAUCGCGGACAGUGGACACUGUCACACGCUCCUGCGGCCGUGGCUCAGAUCAAAUCAGCGAACACCGGCCGGACGGUCCGACCUGUAUCGACUAACACGAUUGAGGUAUUUAUUGUCCGGUAAGGGGCGGUGCCCGCCGAUGCCGCCGCCGGUGGUGCGCGCUGGUGGCCCGGCUGUGGCGCGUGUCUUCCCUCCAGAGCGCCGCCCAGCGCAGGACACGCGGCGAUCCGGAUACAUUCCUGCGCUGUGGCCACCAGUAGCACUGCUGUGUUGUUCAACUAAUCAUUUUAUAUUACCGCCUCGCGACCUUUUCGUGUAGGGUGCGUGAAAUUCAAAUAUACUUUUUUAGAUC